GCACAUUUUCAGGGUGACCGCAGAUAAAUAACGGAGUUGGUGUUGUGAUCACACAGUUGAUGGACAGCUUAACUUUUGAUUACGUUUUAGGUAUCCGCCAUUUUGAUUUCCAAAUCUGACAGAUUUCUUGUUGCCUGCCUGCUGAAGUGUAUUUCGGACAGUGUCAACACAGGCCAAGCACCGUGCAGCGGCUCAGUAAAUGACAUUGCAGCCGGGGAAGGGUACUGCCUUCAAGCUAACGACGCAGACAUGAGCAGCCAGCUAUGGGCCUCCGGGUGACCUGACAGCCAAAGUCGCCGUUCAGCUCGCAGAUGAGGACCGAUGAAAAUGAUGGAUGAAAGGAUGAAGCCAUUCUCUCCUGGGAUUGUGUGUCUGGUGUUAUUAUGAACGAAGUGGGUGUGUUUGUGUCUUCAUUGUGUGAAUUUGCUGCUGCUGAUUGAUGCCAAGACCAUGCAGUGUCAAUAAGGCGAAUGGCUGUUUAGCAAGAUCUAAGGAUACUGCUCCUUGUCCAAAUCUAAGUGUAUGUGCCGGUGACGUCAGCCAUGUUUUGGAAGUUUGACUUACACACAUCUUCUCACCUGGAGGCUUUGCUGGACAAGGAGGAUGUCACGCUCAUGGAGCUCAUGGACGAGGAAGAUGUGUUGCAGGAGUGCAAGGCCCAGAACAGGAGACUUCUCCUGUUCCUGUGCCAGGACCAGUGCAUGCAGGACCUGGUCCGUAUGAUCACUACAGAUCCCCCUGCUGGUGUAGAGGAGACAAAGCGCUUCAAGUAUUCAAAUAUAGCAUGUGAGCUGCUGACAUGUGAUGUGGGAGUGAUCAAUGAUAAGCUGGGUAAUGAGGAGCCUCUGCUCGAAACUCUGUAUGCCUUCCUGGAGCAGCCGUCCCCACUUAACCCCCUCCUGGCAUCUUUCUUUAGCAAGACAAUUGGGAACCUCAUCACACGGAAGACUGAGCAGGUGAUCAGUUUCCUGCGACGGAAGGAGGGCUUCCUUUCCUUGGUCCUGAAGCAUAUUGAUACAUCAGCCAUGAUGGACGUGCUCCUAAGACUUAUCAGCUGUGUGGAGCCGCCCCCUCUCCGACUCGAGACACUUAUUUGGCUUAAUGAAGAGAAGCUGGCCCAGAGACUCAUAGAGCUUAUUCACCCUGAGAGAGAUGAAGAGAGGCAGUCGAAUGCAUCUCAGACUUUGUGCGACAUCAUUCGGCUGAGCAGAGACCAGGCCAAUCAGCUCCAAGAGAUUUCACAGCCUGACCCUUUGCUGACUGUGCUGGAGUCGCAGGAGUGUGUGGAGCAGUUGCUGCAGAAUAUGUUCUCAGCAGAGUGUACUGAGAGCUGCAUCGUCAAUGGAAUUCAAGUUCUUCUCACAUUAUUGGAAAUCAGGAGGCCUGUGGUUGAUGGUGUAAUGGAUGCUCAGGGAUUUGAGAGAAGUUACACUGUUAACAGCAGCAUUUUGUUGGCCAUCCAGCCACACCUGAUACACUUCCACCAGCUGCUUCUGCAGCCACCUAAGAGAAAUCCCAUGCUGACUACUCUGGGUGUGCUGGAGGAGCCAUUAGGGAACACACGUCUGCACGUAGCCAGAUUGGUGGCCUCUCUGCUGUAUACGAGCUCAGCAAGCCACGCGGUCGUAGCACAGGAACUCUGCCGACUCAAUACAAUGGACCUGCUUCUGGACUUGUUCUUCAAGUACACAUGGAACAACUUCCUGCACCUCCAAGUGGAGCUUUGUGUUGCUGCCAUUCUCCGGCCGUGUGCCCAUGAAAUGAGACUUCAGCCUGGCUUGGGAUCCCAGGAAAAGUUCAUGCCUCAACAGGAUGCUUCACAAGAGCAAGGAUUGACUGACGCCCCUUCUGAACCUUCAGCCACCAGUGAAAACUCUGCACACAAUUUAAUGGUGACUCAUUUGUUUCAGCACUGCCACCUUGUCCAGAGGAUUCUGGAGGCUUGGGAAGAAAACGAUAAGAUACAGUCAGAAGGUGGUAUGAGGAGAGGUUACAUGGGACAUUUGACUAGGAUUGCCAACACAGUCGUCCACAACCUGGAGAAGGGCCCGGUUCACACACAGAUUAGUAGCCUCAUCACAGAGCUGCCAGAGGACUACAGAGGGCGCUGGGAAACCUUUGUGGACCAGACCCUGUCGGAGACUAAUAGAAAGAACACUAUAGACCUGAUUGGCACUGGAAACCCGCGCCCAUCCUCAGAGGACGAUAUGGAGAGCCCCUUUCCUAAAGAACUGACACUGCAGCAGGCCUUUUCAGACUACCAGAUCCAGCAGAUGACAGCUAACUUUGUGGAUCAGUUUGGCUUCAAUGACGAGGAGUUUACUGAUCACGAUGACAGCAUUGGAGCAACGUUUGACCGAAUUGCAGAGAUCAAUAUCAACAUCGAUGCAGGCCAGGACACUGCAAAUACAGCUGUGUUUGAGGCCUGUUCCAAAGAGAAGAUUCAGCCCUUUGAUGAUGAUGAAGAGGACAUUUGGGAGGAGAAAGAGAUCAACUUUGCAACACAAACCAAGUCCCGUAACAGGUUUGGUGGGUCACGAUCAUCCCAGAGCCCAGCGGUUAGUAAAGAUUGUGAUAGGACAACAGCUUCGGAGGCAGAGGACAGAGCAGCAGACUCCGACUCAGAAGGAGAGGAUGCUAAAGAUGACCUGGAUCCUUUCUUGAGCCUUAGCCAGACUGAGGCAACAAAAAGCUCUGGCUGGAUAGCAGACUUUGGGGAAGUGAACUCAAAGGCUCCUGCAGCAGGAGUGGGCUUUUCCGCCUGGGACACUCCAGACUCCCAACCAGCUGCCACAGAAGCAGAGGAAAAAGGAUGGGCCAAGUUCACCGACUUCCAGCCUUUCUGUUGCUCUGAAACAGGCCCCAGAUGCAGCUCUCCUGUGGACUCGGAGCUCAGCGGAUCAGGCAACACCAAACCAAAUCAGAACCCGUGUGUGUGGAGUGUGUGUGUGGCAAGAAAAGCUCCGCUGGUGGCAUCAGACAGCUCCUCCUCCAGCAGCUCAGACAGCGAUGAGGAAGAAGGCAAGACAGAGUCGGCAGCCAGUGAGACAGUCACCACAGAGACCAUCACCACGGGAGCUGGAAAGGAGACGAUUCGACUCACCGUGGACGCCAAAAAUGAAAGGGCAGUCUUCAGCAGUGAGGCAGAUAAGGUGCCAGUGGAGGGACUCUCCAUCAAAGACAAGGCGAAAGGCAAUGAGAAAGACAGCGAAAAGGGAAAGAAACAUGGAGACUCUUCCAACCCAACAACCGCCAGUCCAACUAACCAGUCGGCAGUUGUCACACAAGAGACGCAGCCUUCUACCAAUGGACCGGCCUAACGAUGCAGCACACACAAACACUCACCCAUGCUUCAUACCUGUCCAUUCAACACAGCAGUGCCACCUUCGCUUCCUGUUAGCAGCCCUCCAACACCCUUUUUGUGUCCGAAGAACGGCAGACGCUCAGUGUUGAGGUCAAACAGCCCUUAACGGUAUGAAUGCUGGAUAACCCAUAUCUUCACAAAGGUACACUGACUCUCCUGCACCUUCAUAACAUAAUUACAAUUCAAAGAGGAAUGUGAGUUUUAAAGAACAUUUCAUUGUACCAGAUCCCCAAAGCCAAAUUCUUUUACAUAUGAACUAUUUUAAAAUGUGAUUUUCCCUUUGAACUUGAGAGAGUGACAACACUCUUGAUGUGAUGAGCGUUUGAGUGCCAGCUAAACAAACACAGUUUAAAAUUAGACCUUUAUUAAAUUCAGCAUUGAAUUUCAGAAUGCAUGUCUGAUCUCUGGGCAUUAAAUCACAACCCAGAGAGUUUUUCUAUUAGAGCAUUUGACUGUUUACACUUUAGUAAAAAAAAAAAUAAAAAUACUCAAAUAAUCAGCCAAGAUUACAAAAGCCAAGAUGCUUGUAAAGCUAGCCGCCAUUGUCUCCUCAGCAUCUCACUGUACAUGACAGGCAAACAUUUUAUUAGUGCAAAUGUGUGAGUGAUAAUGAUUUGGCUUUUUUCAUACAUGCUGCUGAAAUAAUUUCUCAACCCGAGUAAGAUUUCUUUGCUUCGAUCAUGCGGAACACAAACACUCCCUAUUUGUUGAUUUAGAGCUUCAGAUUUGGGAGCAUCAUGCGUCACUUCCUCCUCAAACCUCUGAGAGAUUCAUGUAGUGUAGAGGUGUGUGUGCUGUUGUAUCCAUGUGUGUAGAUGUGUGUGUGUGUAUGUGUGUUUGAGCUCUGUCUGAGGUACAGAGUGCAUUCUCAGGUCAAAGGAGAGGUAUGCAGAUACAAAGAAAGCACACCUGUGUAACACACACACACACACACACACACACGCACACAGUGUCAUACACACAUGAAUACACAACCAAAACUAUACACACGUGCAAAAAAACACAGUGAUGUGCACAUACCGAUUCAUAUCACCCUCAGAGCUGUUUAAAUGUAAUAUUGUGAAAUUUGAACCUGUAUUAGGUUGUGGCUACUCUUGGUAAUAUGUAAACGUAAUAUAAAUGUAAACAGUAUAUAUAAACAUUAUAUCUAUUUUUGGAAUAAAUCCAAUGUACGGAAAGGCGGUUGUUUCGCAGGUUGCAACGUGUGUAUUGUAUGUGUGUGUUGUACUGUUGAAAUGAGGCAAUAAUGAUGUCUGUUUUGGUUAACACUCCAGCAUCAGUUCCUGUUCCUCUGCUACAUGCUUCCUACGUGGAGGUUUGGGAGUGUGCAUGUGCGUGAAUGUGAGUCGGUUGUCUGCGAUGCAUCCUCCGUGUUUGUGAUGAAAGGAUUAUGGUUUAUUAGAACUUGGGUCUUGUUUUUCUGUUGUCGGUUUUAAACAAAAUACCAGUUUACACCAUCGUAUUUAGAAGAGAAAACAAAGUUAUACAUUAAAAAAAAACUGCUGCUUCAACUUUUAACUUUUGUCAUCAAACUUGCAAGGACAAACUUUUCCCAUGAAAUGAGGGACUAUUAUCAGCAGGAGCUGAACAAAUUUGUUGAUAAUCCAGCUGAUGGAUUGAAAAUAUCCGGUUCUGAUAGUCAGCUAGUUGACGUGUCUAACAUUACCUCCUGACAGUUUCCUUAUUUGCAGCUUUUCUUUGUCUAAUAUAUAACAAGGGCUUCCCCCUCAAAGUAGGAGAUCCGAAUCAUCAGUCGAAGACCCCUCAAUCAACUGAGAUUUCUUCAAAUUGAGCAGUUGUUUAUUUAUUUAUUUAUUUUUUUGUCAGUCAGUGUGCAGUGUACCUCUGGGGUCUCCAGAUUUAGCUGCAGAGUGAGUGCUCCUCACACUGCUCUUUGGUGUAAACAGGGGGGCAGCUGCCCAAAGACGGAGAAGCUUUGCCAACUCAGUCAGGCUCUGAGAUAUCCUAACGUCAUCUUUUGCCCUCUGCUCUCAGCAUGUUAAUGCAAUACAGUCUGGCUUUUGUUUGAAAUCUAGUGUCAUUGUUGCUGCACGUAUCCGACCUGUUGUUAGCGUAGUUUUCAUGAUGUUACUUGAUUGUCGCGGUAACACUGAAUGUCACACCAAUCCCUGUUCAAAGGUUAUGCAGAAAAAAAAGAGCAAAUAGUCGAAUUUUCGUAUUGAACAGACCAUUUUUUUAAUCUAUUUAUCUUUUAUUUUAUUUUUUAAAAUAUAUAGAUAUAUAUUUUAUUUUUAUCUAUUGAUUUAUUUUCUCUCCUUUUUUAUUUUUGUUUCCUUUUUCUCUCCAUCUUUCCCUCUUUGGCAUAUAUUGUCUCUCUAUCUUUCCCCUCUAUGUCUCCUGUGUAGGCAAUUACAUGCAUGCAGACACACAAACACACACAUAUAAACAUAUGAAAAAUGAAUGCAUUUAUAAAAAAAAACCCAGCCAAAUCCUCAUCAGCUGACAUAGUUUGGAGUUGUUCAGCCCUUUAUCUAUAAGUAACUAAGUAUUUUGGGGGAUUUUGCACUGUUGGUCGGACCAAACCUUCUAUUUGGCAUCACUUGUUUACUGUCAGUUUAUGGACCAGUGAUACUCAAUUUACCAGUGUGGACCAUUUUC